AUGUCGUUCUUCAAGAAGCUCACCGAGGAAUUCAAGGAGCUCAAAGCCAGCUUCGACGAUAGCGGCAAGGACAAGAAGGACGAGAAGAAGGACAGUGAGGUCAAGCCGGAGAAGACGGCCGAGGGCACUCGUGAGGGCGGCUCUGGUCCACCACCAUACGGCGGCAGCGAUUCCUACGGCCAGCACCAGCAGCAGUAUGGUGGACCGCCUUCGCAGUACCAGCAGGCGCCACCCUCGCAGUAUCCCCAAGCACCACCUUCGCAGUACGAUCAACCCCCGUACGGCCAGCAGUACAGCAACCCGCCCCCACCACCUUCAGGUGCUGCUCCACCCGGCCAGCCUCAGCUGCCACCAGGAUGGAUCUCGCAGUGGGAUCACAACAGCCAGCGCUACUACUACGUAGAGCAAGCCACCGGUCGCACUCAGUGGGACGCCCCUCAGAAUCACAACUACAGCUCCCCACCUCCGCAGGGUGGCUACGCACCUCCUCCAACUGGCCCUGGUGGCUAUCAUGAGCAGUUGCGUGAUCAGGGUGGUGCCAGCGGUUUCUACAACCAAUACGGUGGCGCUAUGCCUGCACAGGGCUACAACAACCCACCGCACCAGGACAACGCUCAGCAGUACUACGGUGACGUUGCGAAGACAGAGAAGAAGAAGGAGGACCACAGCACCCGAAACAUGCUUUUGGCGGGUGCUGGUGGUCUCGCGGUUGGUGGCCUUGCUGUUGCUGCGCUCGAUGAUGACAGCGACGAUGAGCACAAGGCCGCACCUCCUGCUGCCGCCCCAUCAUUCGACCCCGGUGCUGGCUCAUCAGCUGCUGGUUACGGUGCGCCCGCUGCUGGCUACGGAGCAGAUCCAUCAUACGGCGGCUACCCACCUGCCGCGCCUCCACCGGGCGACGAGUCCGACCGCGAGAGUCUCGUGGAAGCUCGCCAAGACUACAACGAGGCCGUGGAAGCUGCCGCCGACUCAGAUGCCAGCAGCAGCGACCUGGAGGAGCUGCAGGAAGCUCGUGAGGACUACGAGGAGGCUGCUGAGGACUACUAUGAGGACUAA